AUGACCAGGCCCAGAGUUUACGUGACCAGAGAUGUUCACCAGGAGGCCAUCGACCUUCUGAAAGAGUCGCUGGAUGUGGAAAUUUGGGCAAGCGAUGAGGUGGUUCCCCGAGAUGAACUGCUGAAGAAGGUCAAAGGAGUGGAUGCCAUCUUCUGCACCAUCAGUGAUAAAAUCAACAAGGAGGUGCUGGAUGCUGCAGGUCCGCAGUUAAAAAUUGUGGCCACCAUGUCUGUGGGCAUUCACCAUAUCAGCACGCAGGAGUGCAAGCAGCGGGGCAUCUACGUGGCCAACACGCCAGAUGUGGCUUCCGACAGCGCUGCCGAGUUUACUGUCACCUUGCUGCUGAUGGUGGCCAGGCGAUGCCUAGAAGGAGCAGAAGCUGUGGUGAAAGGUGAGUGGGGUCCAUGGAAACCCAUGUGGAUUCUGGGUACAGAGAUUGUUAACCGGACUCUGGGGAUCCUAGGAUUUGGUCGUGUCGGGUUUGGAGUAGCUCGCCGUCUGAAGCCCUUUGGCAUUCAGCGAAUCCUGUACCAUGAUGUGUCCAAGGUCACCCUCGGCGACGACCUCCAGGCUGAGUAUGUAGAUUUGGAGACGCUGUUCCGAGAGUCUGACUUCUUGAUAGUGUCCUGCGCUCUGACCGGAGUGACAAAGAACCUCAUCAACAAAGAUGUGCUCACCAAAAUGAAACCUACAGCCAUUUUGGUGAAUACUUCUCGGGGGCCGGUUGUCAACACGGAAGAUCUUCUGGUGGCUUUGAAAUCUGGCCAAAUAGCUGGGGCCGGUCUUGACGUAACCGACCCUGAACCGCUUCCAGCCGACCAUCCUCUGGUCCACUUAAACAACUGCAUCAUCACUCCUCAUUUAGCCACAAACUCAACAAAGGCUCGGCUGGGAAUGGCUGUAAAUACGGCUAAAAAUAUUAUUGGCACCCUCGUAAAAAAAUAA